AUUGCAACUGUCGUGAGAAUCGCGUCGUUCUGCAUUUUGAUCGCUGCUAAACUCGCUUUUGUGCAUUAUUUUGACGCCUUUUCACGCGAAAUUGCCAUCAAGAAGUGCCUCUCGCCUCUCUGCAUGGUGGAAAAGUGCUGCAUUUCCACGAAACUCGUCGAAUUUCUGUGGAAAUCUCUGGCCAGGAGUGCAGGGAGAGAGCAGGAAAUUGAAUUUGGGGACGUGAUCUGUGAAAUUGUGGAAAAUUACGCGUGCGGUGAAGAUUUUCCGGGAAUUAUGACUAUUUUGAUUGCCUGUGGAAUGGACAUAACCUCACAACUGAGCUCGAAGGAGUGUCCGGAGAUUCUGCGCUGAUCUGUACCAGUGGAUGUGAUAAGGGUGUUUCAGGGGGACACGAAGAGGUCUUUUGGUGACUGAGGAAGAGACUUGCUGUGUGAGAAGGACACUUUUCCGUGAAAUUUCGUGUAUUUUGGACGGUUUUCGUCGGUCAGGAAGUGAACAAGGAUGAAUGUACGCGUUCUGACGCCGUCUGUGAUCAAGCCACUGUCGAAGUUGCACUCGCCGAUGGGGCGACAGUUGCCCAAAAAGUCCGUCCUGGACAGGAUCAAGAAGGACCUGUUUGGACCGGUGAAUCAGGAGGAUGCCAAAAUUUUCAUCCAGCGCGAGCUGACCAAGAGCCAGCGAGAGGCCACCAAGCGAUGGGGCUUCGACUUCUCGCGCGGAGAACCUGUGCAGGAUCACGGCCAGUUCGUGUGGAAGCGCGUGCCGCCGGCCGUGAUGCCCCAGAUGUACACCCUCAGCCGGGCGGCGCACUGUCGCGAGAUCCCAACCUGCUCAGACGCGUCGGACAGCGAGGAUGUGAGCCCGGAUCAGGAGCUGAUGGACUCGCGGGCGCACAAUGAGCACCGCCAGCCAGAGAUGACGCCCGCCUGCUCGACUUCCAGGUGCCUGAAGAAGGACAAGGCCACCAGGCAGCCCAAGAUUACAGAAUUCCUGAAGGAGCGCAAGAGAUUGGCGCCGACGCCCGUGAAGAAGGCCACAACGGCGUCCGGAAGUGCGGCGAAGCGAAUGCGCUUCAACAACUUGUCGCAGUGAAGAAGAGACGCGCGAUGCAAGAUUUCUCUUAUUUUAUAAAUCUUUCUAGCUUGUGGACUAAGAAAACAUUUCUUUGUGAUCUGCUGACCAGGAAGUCAGACUUCAGGGAGAGAGAGAGAGCUGAACAGGAAGCUCAUCAUUUGCCACUCAAUAUUCUUAAAUUGUAAAUAAUUUUUAAGGCAUAAAAUUUAGAAAUUAUUUUAAAUGUGAUUUCUUGGGUGGCUUUUUUCCGUGAACUUCCUGCACACCUUUCGAUAGACUGCGCGUGCUGGAGGACUUCCUGGCCAACGGAAUUAGAGUCGAGAGAGUUAUAAUUGUUAGGAUUUGUACGGCGAAUGGCUAUUAUUUUCGUUAAUUUAACAAUAGUCACAGAACAGUGAAUGUGCAAUAGAUUAUCUUAACGAAAAUGAUUGCGAAUUAGGAUUUAAGGAGAUUUUAGGCGAUAAGAAGAGAGUGAAACACUUUCAUUACUUAGAGACAUAAUGCUUUUCUGUCUCAGGAAGACUUCCCGGUGUCUUCUCGCUCUGAUUGUGAGAGCAAGAGGUUGCCCAGGAUGGAUUCCUGGACGUUUGUAAUGAGGAUUUUCUUGGUGAAUUUCAAUUCGGAAAAUUGACUUCUGCGUUUUAUCGCGUGCCAUUUUGUAAAUAGAUUGUAAGGAAAAGCGCUUGUGGACUCAGCUUAUGGUAUUGUUUGUGGUAGGAGUGAGUAAAGGAGGAAUUUUUCAUUUGUACUUGUACAAAAACUGCGGAAAUUCAAUAAAAUUCUUAA